AUGGAGAAAUUUUUGAAAAGAAAAAAUGCGGACAUUGUACUGGACCCUGGACAAAAUCCGGGCUCUAGUAUGAGUGGUGGUGAAAAGAAAGCAAAGACAAGGCAAUACAACGAAAACUAUCUUUCAUUUAGAUUUACUUGUACCGGAGAUGCAACGGCACCGACUCCAUUGUGCUUGGUAUGUGGUGAAACGCUCUCCAACGGUGCUACGGUUCCAAGCAAGCUCAAACGACAUCUUGAAACUAAACACACCUUACUUCAAAACAAAAAUGUGAAUUAUUUUGUUCGCCUGCGUGAUCAGACAAAGAAGAAAGGAGAAAGAGAAAAACCAAAAAAGUUUGUGGAUGGAGACACAAUCAGAGAGGAAAAAACAAAGGGAGAGGAAAUUUUUCACGUAGCAUCAGAAUAUCUAGAAAAAGGAAGACUUACGUGGGACAACUGCACGAGUGUCUGCACUGAUGGAGCUGCAGCCAUGGUUGGGCGCACCAAAGGCUUUGUAAGCAAAGUGAAAGAGAAAAACCCCGAUGUGAUUAUAACGCACUGUUUUUACACCGCGAAGCACAGAUACAAUAAAUGGAUUCCGUUCCAAGGUGCAACUCUGGCAGCGACAUGUAACCGUGAUCGUCACAGUGGUGGAGGAGGAAGGUUUAGAGGUCGAGGAGGGUUCAGAGGUCAUGGAGGGUUUAGAGGUCGUGGAGGUGGUUUCGGUGGCCGAAAUGAGAGAGAUAGAGAUGAAAUUGACCCUGAAGAAUUAGAAUAUAUGAGGAAACGUCAAGAGGUUUUGAAGAAGCGUCGAGAGGAAGAGGCUGAAGAAGUUGGAGCCUACGUCGCAGAAGAUGUUGAUGCUGAUGCUCUCACUGCUAUGUUUCUACCAGUCGGAUUUGGGAUGCUUCGACAGACAGAGGAAGAGAAUGGGCAAGAUUCUGAAAGAAAGAGAAGCGACAACGAUAACAGGAGAGAUCGUCAUGGUGACAGAGACCAGUAUCGUGGUGAACGGCGCCGUCGAAGUCGGGACAACAGUCGUGAGAGAGAUCGAGAUUCUCACCAACAACGUCGCGAUCAAGAUGCCGACGGAGAGACAGAAGCAAAGAGAAGACACGUCGCUGAAGAGAUCGACAAUGAUAAACCAGAGGUGAUGGCGGUACUCGAUCAGGUUGGAGCAGACAACGACGAUUCAUUACCAUAUCAAGAAGAAAUCAAUGGCACAACCCCUGAAAACAAUGGCACGACUCCUGAAAACAAUAAUGACACAACUCCUGAAAACAAUGGCACGGGUCCCCAAAACAUUGGUACGACUCUUAAAAACAAUGGCACAGCUCCUGAAAACAAUGACAUGAAUCCUGAAAACAAGGGCACGACCCAUGAAAACAAUUGCACGGCUCCUCCUGUAGUUGAAAACUGAUCUCUCAUACAAACAUAAGAGUCCUAAUCUCACACUAGGCUUGCAUUCCUAUGCCAGACCUCCGUACGACAGCACAAUUAGUUGGUUGACUGCGUUGGAAGCGUCUUGUUGGGUUUCUCUCUUUCAGUGUGAAAAUGAAAUCCCAUACAAAAUCAUCAGUAAUUGAUACUGAAUUCUGUAAUUAGGGUGCUCCCGAAGUAUGUGAACCAAGAUGGCGGACAUCUGAACGUAGUAGGUUAGGGUUAGGCCUUAAUUUAUUUCCAAUUUUCCUCAUUUCCUCAAGUUUAGGGACUACCCAAUUGACUCCGUAGUAUUUGUACCUAAAAUUAUGGCCUAACCCUAACCCGGUACACAUACUACGUUCCGGAGUUUACCAUCUUGGUUCACAUACAUCGGGAAUGCUGUAAUUUGACUUAUUUUUUUUAUUCCGUUUCAAUUUUUACUUCUUUGUUUUACGCUCACGAAACUGAAUGGUUUUCGGAAUUGAUAAUUUUAAGAAUAUCUGCCUCUUGCAAGGACACUUCUCCUCAUUUCCCUGGACUGUUUCUAUCAGGACGAUGAAUGUUAAAGCUUUUGUUUCGUAUACAAAUUAUGGCUUCUCUAUUUUUUGGUCAUAAUGAAGUGCUGGUCUGUAUAGAGCAGUGUUUAUUUCAAAUUGAGCACUUUUUACAAAACAGCGCUUCAAACAAUUCUUCUGUGGACUUUUUCAUGACUUUUCCUGAGAAUAAUUAUGAUCAAAAUGAGGUAUUGCCCGGGUCUUGAGAAAUUCACAAUCGAUAACUGCCGAAAUUUGACAAUACAAAAAAUUGACUUAGACUUUAGCUCCGGAUUGUAAAAUCAAGGAAAAAAUUAAAUUUUAAAAUGAUUGAAACUUCUUUAAUAGAUUGUUAAGAAAGCUUAA